AAAGCCCAGGACAGUUUGUGUUCCAGAGAUUAAAUAACCCUGGCCUGACUCAUUUUUUGUUACUGCCCAUCAAAACCCAGUUCCACUGAAACUACACCCUAAGUUUUUUAAGCCCAACCAUUUCUCAUAAAGGAAACCCUUCCUUUUCUCACCGUCUAGGAAAGUGCACUUCAAGGGUAUAUAUAUUAAAAAAAAAAUAAUAAAAAUACAGCAGUUAAUCUUUCCCUGGAGCCUGUGCUUGCUGCCUCAUGUCCAUUCCCAGCGCCGUCAAUCAUUACCCAGCCAGCGCAUUGUUCAGAAGGUGGAGCUGUCAGGCAGAAGGAACGAAAGGAAGCGACACCGGGAUUGGACAUGCACUGGCUAAAUACCUGGACAGCUUGGGUUUUGUGGUGUUUGCUGGGGUUUUGAACAAGGAUGGCCCCGGAGCUGAGGAGCUGCGGCGCUCCUGUUCCCAGAGACUCUCUGUCCUGCAGCUGGAUAUCACCAGUACCACUCAGGUCAAGGAGGCCUAUCUGGCAGUCUCAGAGAAGGUGCAAAAUGCAGGACUCUGGGGUGUCGUGAACAACGCAGGAAUCCUGGGCUUCCCUGCCGAUGGGGAGCUGCUCCCCAUGAGCACCUACAGACACUGCAUGGAGGUGAAUUUCUUUGGGGCUGUGGAGGUGUCCAAGACCUUCUUGCCGUUGCUCCGGAAAUCGCAGGGGAGGCUGGUGAACAUGUCCAGCAUGGCAGGAGGCAUUCCACUACCGAGGUACGCUGCGUACGGGGCAUCCAAAGCAGCUCUGUCCAUGUUUUCUGGAGUAAUGAGGCAAGAGCUUUCCAAAUGGGGCAUUAAAGUCACGGCAAUUCAUCCAUCAGGCUUCAGGACAGGUAUCGAAGGCACGGCUGAGCAGUGGGACGAGCAGGAGAAGGAGCUGAUGGAGAACCUCCCGGCAGACACGCGGCGCGCCUACGGGGACGAAUAUCUCCUGGGGCUGAGGAGCUACCUCCUCCACCUGCCCUCCCACUGUGCCCCCGACCUGUCCCCUGUGCUGGGCUCUGUCCUGCAUGCUCUGCUGGCCAGGAGACCCCAGGGCCUUUACACCCCUGGCAAGGGGGCUUACAUCCCGCUCUGCAUCUUCUGCUGCUUCCCCCUCUGGUUCUACGACUUCUUCAUUAGCAAGAUGCUGAGUGCUGGCUCCGUUCCGAGGGAGCUGAGAACGUCAGGAGAUGAAGGCAAGAACCUCUGAGGUGCCCACUGGUGUUUCUCUCACUGGGUGAGGUAGCUGGGAAGAACUCUGUGUGGACACUGCUGCUUAUUGUGCUUUAAGUUGCAUCGACACUGCCUUGCAAAGAGGGAACCAAAACCUCUUAACGUUUGUGUUAAGAGUGAUGUUUGGGAAAAGCAGUGGAUAAACAUAAAUUGAAAGCUAUUUUUUUUUUUGAGGAAUUUCAGUGUUUUCCUGUUGUCUUUGUAUCCUGCUUUCUGUGUAAAGUACUUCAUGGAAUUAUAUAGUUCCUGUCUGCUUCUAAAGGCAUCACCAACACACAGAUGCAGAACAUGUUUUUUUAAAGCAACAGAGUCACUAACCUUAAAUCUUCUAGGAGGUUAAAUAUAUUCCUAUUGUUAAAGAGACUUAGACCUGUGUAAUACAAGUCUUCUUCUCUACAGCUUCAGACUAAUAUAUUUGGGGUCUGGUGUUUUCAUUCUGUUGCUGUUGAACCUGAGAAAUUACUGUUCUUUUCCCCCAGGUUUCUAAUGUAGAGUUUUAAAGUUUGAAAUGUGUUCUCUUUGCUAGAAUAAGCAAUGUAUGUUAGUUGUGGGGGGAGGGUAAUGAAUGCAAACAGAUCAAGAUCUUUAUGAAGAGAUAAACCAUUUCCUUCCUGCAGUAAUAAAAAUAACCAUAGUGGGUGUAUCAGCUGCUCAUUCGAUCUGUCUGGGUCAUUCUGUGCAUUGCCUGUAUAUGCCUGUGCUUAUCUACUUGUCAGUAAAGUCUGAUGUCACUUCUGCUUUUUGUACAAUUUCUUACUCAAGUCUGGGUUUACAGAGAAUUCGUGUUUUUGCUCACUUUUCCUGAUACCUUCCUGUGUCUCCCUCUGCUCUGGGGGGAGUUUGUGCUCACUCAUCUAAGAUCAGACACUUUUUAUGUGGCUUUGCUGGAGUCCAGUGUCCAGCUUCUGAUAGACUGGGGUCACUCCUUUUCCCUAAAAUUUCAUUCCAGGAGCACCAGGUGCCCUCCCUGGUGCCCCAUACCAUAAACCCCUCGCCAGUGGUAUGUGGUUGGGCAACUCAGCAGUGUUUUCCCUACCUUAUUCCCUUUUUGCAUUGUCUGUCACAUCCUUAGGCUUUGAAAGGCUGUGAUAUUUUGAAAGAUUUCAAAAUCCUCACCCCCCUGAGUCCCAUGGUUUGGCCAUGUGUCCUGUCUUUGGCCAGAUGCAUUUCUCUUCCAGGGAUGAAAAACGAAAAGUGAUCACAUUCUGAGCUUUGAAUGUAGACACAUUUUUUUCCUGUCCUUUCUGAGCAACUUCUGACUCUCCUGUCAUAAUCCUACUUGUGAUGUGCUCUGGCACCCAACUGGACAAAAUCACUCUUUAAUUUGCUGCUGUGGUAUUUAUUCCCUCACUGUCCUGUGUCUGUUACACCAGUGCAAGGCUCCUGUGAACGCUCAGAGGGCUCAGGCCACCUUUUGAAUCUGUGCUCCAGUGGGGGAAGCCUCCUGUCCUGUACACUUUGUCACAAUACCUCCUUUUGCUACUGAGGUUUGUCACCUGGUGGGUUUAUAUCAGUGCCCUGGUUGUGGACUUUUACUUUCCUUGGAGAAAGUGUACUCAAUGUUUUGAACUCAGGAAAUCUGAGACUGUUUCUCUCUCUCUCUCUCAAUUUCUUCCUAUAUCUAUUUCCCCAAUUUUU